AUGCCCAACCGUACGGUCAUUCUGGAAUUCAUUCUCCUGGGGAUCCCCCAUACCGAAGGCCUGCACAACAUCUUGUUUGUGGUUUUCUUGUCCUUCUACCUUCUCACUUUAACUGGCAACCUACUCAUCCUCACAGCCGUCAUUUCCGAUGCCCGCCUCCAUACCCCUAUGUACUGGUUCCUCUGCAACCUCUCGGUGGUUGAUCUUGGCUUCUCCUCCAUCAGCACCCCAAAGUUCUUGGCCAACCUUUGGGCAGGGAGCCGCACCAUCUCUCUGGGUGGCUGCAUGUGCCAGGUGUUCUUCUACCAUUUCUUAGGGAGCACCGAAUGCCUUCUCUACACCGUCAUGGCUUACGACCGCUAUGCGGCCAUCUGUCACCCGCUGCGGUACUCCAUCAUCAUGAAUCGGAAAGUUUGCGCCCUUCUGGCAGCUGGUACCUGGUUCACCAGCUCCUUCCAUGCCACUAUCUUGACUAGUUUGACCUUCACCCUACCCUACUGCCAGUCUAAUGAGGUCGACUAUUUCCUGUGUGACAUUUUCCCUGUGGUCAAGUUGGCUUGUGCGGACACCUACAUCAUUGAAACGGUGAGCUUCACCAACAUUGGGGUGGUGCCCAUGGCUUGCUUUUUCCUUAUCCUCACCUCUUACGUUAGGAUUUCAAUUUCCAUACUGAAGAUGCAGUCAGCGGAAAGCCGGCGGAAGGCAGCCUCCACUUGCGUGUCACACCUGACGGUGGUUUGUUUCUUCUUUGGACCUUGUGCUCUUCUCUACACCCAGCCUUCUCUCAGUGACAUUCUAGCCACCCCCAUCCAGAUUUUCUGCAACGUUGUCACUCCAAUGUUAAAUCCUCUUAUUUACACUCUACGGAACAAGGAAGUUCAAUCAGCCUUCAGAAGGCUGAAAGGUGGACCAAGUGUUUUCUUUUGA